AUGAAGGUGCUGUGUCCUAAAGAUACCAAUGCCCUCCGCUCUGCGAGCAACAAAAACCUCAAAAUUGAUAAAAAGCGCUUCAAUGGCAGCGGUAGAAAGCAGCCGAUAAGAUUGCCACAGGUCUCUGGAAAUGUAGAUGGAAGCCCAGUUGCAAGGUCUCCCAGGAAGUCUGAGGUCGCUUCAGCAGGUUUGAGUUUGGCGCCAGCCGCGGGCGAGAGAGAAUCGCUGGAUUCGGCUUUAAGCCUAACACCACAUCAUGUAAAUUCUGACUCUUUAACACAGCAGGCUUUGGAUCAACUACAAUAUACCAUAUGCGAGCGGGAAAUGGAUAUCGUGUCGUGCGGUCAUCCUUUUUGUCAUCGAUUGAGAUCCGUGAAACUGCCCCUCUCUGAAUUUCGAAACCUCUUUCUUUUUGAUUUGGAGAUGAUACCCGACCAGUUCCGAUCUCAAAUGACCAACCUGCGAAACUGUUGCUACAGCAGUCAAAUAUAUCGUGACAUUUAUUCUGAUUGGAAAAUACUGUCGACAGAUAAUCAAGGUGAGAAUAACAAGGGCUUUGAGAAAUUUGAUUGUAGCCAGCUAUGGAUAGGUGCACCUGCACGGGCAGUUUCGACGGUGCAAGAUUUGUCGGGCUCACAUACUAGCGACAGGGUUCGCAGCAGGCGGAGGGCCAUGCCCGGGUCUUUUCUGGCCACACGAAAUCAAGUUGCCGUAUUUGAAGAGCCCGUCAACCCCUCGGAGCUACUGAAGGACUCCUCAUCACUGUCUUCGUCGACUGACGGGAAACCAGUUGAACACUGUCGCCUAUACCGUCAUAACAAUUAG